GCGAGCGAGGAGAGGAAACCAGCUGGCUGGAGCUCUCGGCUCUCACUCUCGCUCUCGCCGCUGAGUGAGCAGGAGCUGUUUCUCUCUCUGUCAGUCUCUCCCUCUCUCUGUCUCUCUCUUUAUCACUCUGUCUGUCUCUCUCUCUCUCUCUCUCUCUCUCUGGGAAACGUUCAGAGCCUGAGCCAGUAGGGGGACUCCUUCCCUCCUGCAUGCCCCAGCCAUGCUGCCCUGGAGAAGGAGUAAGUUUGUCCUGGUGGAGGACGAGGCCCGGGGGAAGCCCAAAAGCCUGGGCGUGGGGCUGAGCUACCACAGCAUCCUCUCCUCGCUGGCGCGCUCCUGCCCCGACCUCCUGCCCGACUGGCCCCUCCAGCGGCUGGGCGGCCUCUUCCGCACCAAGCGCCAGAAGGUGGAGCUCAACAAGGAGGAGCCCACCUACAGCGUCCGUUACCUGGGCAACGCCGUCACCCUGACGGCCAAGGGCGAGGGCUGCACGGAGGAGGCGGUGGCCAAGAUCUGGAGCCGGAGCGACUACGGCGGCCAGAGCACCAAGAUGAAGCUGACGGUGGGGGCCCAGGGCAUCCGCAUGAGCCACGAGGGCUCCAAGGGCUCCAGGAAGCCCGGCCAGCUCUACUUCCUGCACCGCAUCACCUACUGCGCCGCCGACGCCCGCCGGCCCAAGAUCUUCGCCUGGGUGUACCGGCACCAGAUCAAGAACAAGGCGGUGGUGCUGCGCUGCCACGCCGUGCUGGUCACGCGGGCGGAGAAGGCCCGGGCCAUGGCGCUCAGCCUGUACCAGACCUCGGCCUCGGCCUUCAGCGAGUUCAAGCGGCUCAAGCGCCAGAGCGACUCCCGCCACUGCCAGCAGCAGGCGCUGGGCGGCGCCGCCGUGCCCCUCACCCCGCUCCGGAGGCUGCUCAACGGGCAGUGCCACUACCGCCCGCCCCCCGACAGGCCCCGCGCCGGGACCCGCCUCUGCUCCAUCGUCGAGGAGGAGGAGGAGGAGGAGGAAGGAGGGGAGGGAGGGGAGGGCGACGGGGAGAACGGAGAGGGGCCCGGGCGUAACGGGCGUCCCCUUCGGCCGCCCGAAAAGGACGUGGGGAAGAUCGUCCACGGGCUGGACGCCUGCAGCAUCAGCGGGGGCGGAGCCAGGCGCUUCAGCAGACGGACGGCCGUUAGCAGACUCUUGUGAUGGGGGCGGGCGGGGGGGAGGCAAACGGGCACGCUUUUGACUAUCUUUCGGUGAACCCGCACCAGGACUGUUUCUCUUUCUAAUCCCACUUGAACCUGCCCCUCCCCCCCCCCUUUACCCCCUGUUCCCCAAGAACUGCUUUUCCACUUUUCUGGCACUUCCGCAGGACGGGAUUUCCAAGGAGACGGGAACUACUUUUCCCUUUUGUUUUCUCCUCUCGAAAGCUGGCAGUUAUCCUGUGUCCCGGUCGGCUGUUUCUGGAAAGGCUGGAAUGUUUGAACUGACAGCAGCACAAUGUGGGGGACGACCUGGUCUCCGAAACAUUCAGACUACAGGCAGAAAACUGUCGGUCGACUCGACGGGCGUCGAAGCCCACCUGGCAAGGCGUACACAUUUAGCGGCAAACCAAACGUGAGACGUGGUUUUUGUCAUAGCCAUUCGUAUAUUUUUGACUGUGCACAUGUCACAUGUUAUUUAUCGCUGGAUGGGUUUCGCUUUUUUUUGGCACGAUCCAUAAUGCCAUCCAGAUACCUGAGAAGGAUCAUUCCUGAAGGAGGUGCAUUUUGAGUCAUCGCAACUGUGUUGUAAUUUUCCGCAUCUGAUUUCAAGUGGUAACACGCAGCGUGUGUAAUCAAUUCUGAGGGAAAAAAACUGUCUAAUACAAUUUUGCUGUAACCAGGGAGCUGUUUCCACUAAUGAACUGAGCCGUUAUUCAGGACCUGACCCAUCGAGGUGACAUGUUUAUAGCUACUGAUUGUUAGUGCCCUGCCUAUCGUUUGUGCAUGACAACAGUGCCAUUCCAAUAUCACAUUUUGUUUGUGUUUCUUAAUGUGCACCUUUACUUAGGAGGAGUGUUUUAGCUCUACACUGUGAUGCUUAUACGGCUGAGACAUGCGACCCAGGGGCGCAGGUGUGACUGUUUUGCAUUACUCCCUGCAGUUUAAUGCAAUAAAGUGUGCUGGAUAUCGA